CACAAGGCAUCACACCACUUCCGGCUUCGAUUCCUCUGGUACCCAGCAACCUUUCAACAUACUUCCAGAGAACUCCUUCCUAAAGAAACCUCUUGAUUUCUAUUCGAGUCUCCUCAGUUCUGUUGGUUUUCUUUCAGCAGCUACGAGUUUUUCAGAGACAGAACCACGCAGAAAAACCUUCUCGCACUGGCACACUGCCACCUUCAAAAGCACAACAUUUGCCUCUUCCCCCCAUUCAUUCUGCAUCAACCUCUCGCUGACCUCCCCUUUCCGCAUUCACAGAACCAACCACCGCCACCAUGCCUGACCUCGCCAAAGACCUGGAGUUCUUGCUCGCGAUAGUCAAGACCGGUUCGCUCACUAUCAACUAUGACGCCGCCUCGACUAUGCUCGGCUGGAAUAAGAAGAAGACGACGAACAAGAUGUCCGAGUUCCGCAAGGCUCAUGACUGGCCCAUCAACAAGGACAAGGAUGCUUCCCAAGCCAGCGCCGCUCCCAAGGCUGCAAAGGGCAAGGCUACAAAGAGAACUGCCGCCGCUGCUGGUGAUGAGGAAGGUGAAGGCGAAGUCAAGAAGCCUGCUGCUAAGAGAGCAAAGAACAAGAAAGCCGCCAAGGAAGAGAUUGCCGAGGACGAGGCCGUUGCGGAGGAAGCUGUUGAGGAAGAGGGCGAUGAUGCAUAA